AUGGCUGGGGGCCAGACUGCCUUCAUCAAACACCUCCGCCCCGUGAAUCUCAGCCGAACGGUUAUUCCGGGUUCUCAGAGUGGGGUCUUCCCUUCUACCGACGCCCACCCCCUACUGGACCAUCACCUCCAUUGCUGUCCCGGCGUCGCCUCCGACGUUGCCACCGCGGUUUCCUCUGUCGUUGGCCAUACGGGAGGCUUCUCAACGAUGGGUUUCCCAAGCCCUCACGGCGUCUGGUCCGCCGCCACAUACUCCUGCCAGCAUCUGCCCCCCAUUGGGUUUGGAGAACAGACAGAUGCCUCCAGCGUAACCUCUGGUCUCGUGUCCGCCCAUCACAGUCCCCAGGAGAAGUUGCGGUCCCCGUCGUCGAAGAAGGUGAAGUUUCUCUGCAGCUUCGGCGGCAAGAUCCUCCCGCGCCCCAGCGAUGGUGUUCUUCGCUACGUCGGUGGCCACACCCGCAUCAUCGCCCUCCACAGAGAUGCUUCAUUUCAGGAAGUCAUGUUGAAGAUGACCGAGGCAUUCGGCGGGCCUGCAGUUAUAAAAUACCAGCUCCCAGAUGAGGACCUGGAUGCCCUGGUGUCUGUCUCCUGCCCCGAGGAUUUCGAGAACAUGAUAGAGGAAUAUGACAAGCUCGUGGAGGCAUCGGCAGAGGGGUCAGCAAAGCUCCGGGUGUUCCUUUUAUCUCCCACUGAGCUGGAUAUUUCGGGUAUCAAUUUGGCUUCUGAUUUCGAUGACUCUGGACUGAGGUAUGCGGACUUGGUGAACAAUGGCACGGUAAGAGAGGUUCCAGGAAUCAAGAGGAAGGAGAGUUCAGGGAGCCUUUCAUCAACUCAGGCGUCUGACGGCGGGCCCGCUGAGCUUUCCGAAAACACAAAUGAAGGCACGUCAUUUUCGACUUCCUUUCCAACCAUGGGUUCGCCAAUGGCGUAUCCAGAUACUUCAACGAGUCCCAUGUUCUCAAUAUCACCAACGGCCACCGUAGCAUUGGAUGUACAAUGUGGUUCAGGUAUCAUCCCUCAGAGCCAAUCUUCAACUUGGGUGGAGCAGCCACUGCCUCCACCAGAUGGGACAAAUUAUUUGCCAUCUACAUUCAUUGACCCUCUUCAGGGUGGAUUUAACCAUGUUGAGCUCAUCCAUGAUUCCAGUCAAUUUCAAUAUAUAAGCCCCCAGUUAUUAGGGGCAGCUGGUAACCUUGUUUCUCCUCCACGGUAUCCAUAUCUCCCUGUUAUGCAUAUUACUGCAGCCAUGCCAGUUGCCCCAGUGGGUCGUGGGAAUCCAGUCAUGACUGGGGUAGAAACUUACUCUGACAAUGUUUGGGGAGGUGGGGCCACACAUAUCUCGGGUAAUCCAGCUUAUGUACCCAUUCAAGCACAGUCACAGCUCCCACCUUUUCCAUCCUCUUUGCUACAUCAGGUGCCACAACCAAGGAUACUGCCAGGGCAGACAUUGGGGUUCGAGGAUUCUUCUUUGGGUCUGAGAGCUUUGCCACACGCUCAUUCAGACAUUAUGAUGUAUCAGCACGAGAGUAAUCCCGAAAGAGGGGAACCAUUCCAGAGUCUCCAUCCUGAGUAUAUGGCAAGCUCACAUGUCCCUGUUAGAGUCGGAGCUGGAGCCGUUCCAGAUAAUGCAACAAUGCAUCAACAGGGAGCAUUUAGAUAUUCACAAGCUGUUGAAUCACUGCAGGAUAAUGAAGUUGGUCCCCGUGAAGCAGUGAGUCUUGAAAAAAAUAAGGUUCGCCGUCCAUUGUUAUUUAGCAUUGCCAGUGCUGUGCCGGCCUCUUAUGGGGAGUAUUUAAACAAUCGUACUCAGGCCUGGAAUGAGGACUUGUUGCAGCUGCAGCAGCCUCCAACUGCACAGCCACAAUACCCCCUUAAAGAACACCCUGUUUCCAUCAAUUCAGAUGCAAACAAUAUCACUUCGAAAAAGAAUGGAGUUACUCAGGAUUCAGAGCCCCCUGUCAGAGUCCCUGGAGUUGAAUUUUCAUAUGAUGAUGAUAAGCCUUUGAAAGGAAUUAAAGGAGCAUGUGACUUUAGCCAACCUGAAGCUCCUGAGCCAAAUAAUCUUCGAAUAUCGGGAUUUGAUUCCCAGGUUGACAAUUUUUUUCCUAUUGAUGGAACAAUACAAGGUCUCUGCAUGAGACGAUGUGAGAGAUCUGGAGUUAUCGAACCAUGGAUAUCAGUAGAUGACACUUAUCCCACUGCAGAUAGUGAAAUAAAGGCAGAUAACUUGUCAACAGUUAUAAAACCUCAGGAUAACAUUAGUCCAAGAAUCAGAGAGGCAGAUGCGUUUUUGGGCAAAGCUGUUGUUAGUCCUCAGAUGGCAAGUGAAACAUAUUCUUUCAAGCUGGUUGAUCUGGACACGUGCUUGAACUAUCCUCGAACUGAGGAUCCCAACAAGGUAUGCCCAGUACUUGGGAAACUUGAAUCACAAAACCGUAAUCCUGAAUUGUGCACUGAGCCACCAGUUCCUCGUGAACCAUUUCAUCAAGGAUCUAGUAUCAUCGUAGUCAGUGAUUGGUCUGAUGAAGCUUCACCAUUAUACAAUGGGGUUGCUGUGGGCAACGCUGUUGCCCCUUCAACCGAGACAGAAACAUUUUCCUUAUGCAGGGAUAACCAUGACGGAGAUGUUCAAGAGCCAGAUCCUUCAGAAUCACUUUUUAACAGCAUUGAACCAUGGAAAAUUAUGGACAGAUCUCCCUUGCUACCUGGCAGAGAUAUAAUUGCUCCUAGUGACUCGUUUAUUGAAAAAGACCCAGAGAAUAGUGGUGAGUCCAGCACAGGCGCAGGGUCAGAGGAAGAGAGCUAUCACCAUGAUAUAGACUCACUGAGUAAGAGCGCAUGCAAAAAUGUAAUUCAUCACGUGGAAGGUCAGGACUUGUCUUCUAAGUUGAUGAUAUAUUGAAGCUUAUUCUUCACCUUAUGUAAUAAUUUGCAUUUCUUUUUUUCCUUUGCUCCUUAUAGACACCCCUGAAGAGUUCAUCAAGCAAGAGUUGCUGGUUCUUGCUGAGGGUGUGGCAUCAUCUGUGCUCCAGCAAUCUAUUCCGCAGCAUGAACCUCUAGGCUAUGAAAAUGCUUCUUUUUAUGAAUCUAACAAUGAUGGAACAAUUCAGGGAACGCAUCUGGAUUCACAGACGUCAUCAUGUCUCGGUUAUUAUAAAGAAGAGGUGACUCAGGUUCUGUUUAUCCUUUUGCUCACUUUAAAAUUUAUUUUUAGUCUCUGAACGUGAAGUAUAUGGCCGUUCAGGACAUUGGAAUGUCACAUAAAUCGAGCCUUGAUUUUCCUGUUCUGGAAGACAUAGGGCGCCUUCAGGUUGUAGGCUUUUUUCUAUGACUCAAUGAAUCACUUAUAUUCCUCUUGUUAAUUGGUUUGAUUGCUCAUUGAUAUUUAUUUCGGUAUAGACAAUAAGAAACAGUGAUCUUGAAGAGUUGCAAGAAUUAGGUUCGGGGACCUUCGGGACGGUUUAUCAUGGAAAGUGGAGGGGUUCCGAUGUGGCAAUUAAGAGAAUCAAUGAUAGGUGUUUUUCUGGAAAGCAAUCUGAGCAAGAACGCUUGGCAAGUAUCAAGAAUCAUUUUCCCUUUAUUUUUAAUCUGAAUUACUCCAUUUUUUAAAAAAAAAUCUUCUUUAGGUGCCUGUGCUUAAAGUGCUCGCUUCCUUUUUACAGAGGGCUGACUUUUGGAAUGAAGCCUGCAAACUUGCUGACUUGCACCACCCGAAUGUUGUGGCAUUUUAUGGUGUUGUUCUAGACGGCCCCGGGGGAUCUGUUGCAACGAUAACUGAAUUUAUGGUCAAUGGAUCUCUUCGACAAGCUCUGCAGAGGAGUCAUAAGUAGGCCUUUCAUUCCCUUCCAUUUUAUUAGAUGAAAGGUGUCUUAUUACGAGAUUCAAUAAAAGGAGUGACAUUACCCUAAAUGUAUAAUGUCUCAUUUCUUUAGGACACUUGACCGGCGCAAACGUCUGCUUAUUGCUAUGGAUGUGGCAUUUGGUAUGGAGUACUUGCAUGGAAAAAAUAUUGUUCAUUUCGACUUAAAGAGCGACAACUUGCUCGUCAAUUUGAGGGAUCCUAAACGCCCCAUAUGCAAGGUAUUCAUGUUAGAAACGUUUCCAUCCACAUCCUCCAAACCUUGAAAUCGGCAUCUAUUGACAGAAGGAUUUAUUGUUUUUAAUCCAAUCACAUAUACGGAAUAAAUUCCGAGUUGAUGUUUUUUUAUUAACUCUUACCUGAAAUUUUCUUGGUCAAUUGCUUGAUGAAAUUUGUUUCUUCUCCUACUACUUGUGUUUUUCUUUCGUGAUAAUUUAUCAAGAAAGAAGAGGAAUCUUCCGAAAAUUUUCUUAUAACAAACGUUUAUGAUAUUCUCUUGGAUAAAUAUAAUGGCAUUAAUAUGCUCGAUUAUAGUAUCAUAUGCUCGUCUGCAUAUUUCAAGUGCUACUUUAUUGGAGAUAAUUUUUAGAUCAAAAUAGGAUGGGUCAUUAUCCUAUUUGUCUUCCUGAUAGUAUCCAAUGCGAUGGAACCUAUCUCUUUAUGCAUGUGUAAUGGGUUUCCCUCUUUCUGGAAUGCAUCCAUAUAUUCGGCAUCACCAGCAUGUGUAAGCCAGCUACUUCAUGUAUGCGAGGUCUCUGUUGCUUAGUCCCUAUGUCUCCUUUAUCUCUGUUGUCAGCGCAAAUAGAAGAUGGAGAGAUGGUGAGCCAGGCUACUGUCUUCCGUCAGCCUUCCUAGUCUUCAAUUUAUUCCUCUCCCCACUGCCUGCCUAUUAUAACACGACUUUGGGCAUCAAUAUGAUUUAUUUUAUUCUAUUUUGAGAGAAAAUUUUAAUCUCCCUUUUAUUUUCAGAUACUCUAUAUAAUAACCUUAUUUUACCAAACGGAAUAUAAAGAAGAGAAUUGGCCUGAAAGAUCGCAAAAUCUCUCUUCACUCUUUUCACUGUGCAACAGAGGGAUCUAUUGAUCUUGGAGCCAUGUGGAAUAGUAGGGGUGGGAGUUAUAUCACUCAAAUUUUUGGGGUUGUUCAUGUCAUAAAUACACUGAAAUAAAUUGAACAGGUGACCCAGUGAACGGUGGACCCAAAUCUUUACCCCUCACUUAUGUUCAUACUUUCCCAUGCUAUCAAUCAGGAUGGGGCCUACCCAUUGAAGAGGCACCUUGGAGGUACAAUUAGGGCAUUUCCUUCAUGCCAAGUGCCUGUAAGUCGGAGAAAAGAGUUUCUCACGCGCUAAGUCUGAAUCUGAUUGUAGAAAAUGAACUUGGUCAAUACAAGAUUAUGCUUUGAUUUAGGUCCUAUUUAAUGGUGAUUCUGGGUUUGCCGGAGGAAAUGAUUUGUGCUCUGUUAUCCAUCCGAGCUGGCCCAAGCUCGAGGAUGAAGAAGAUGAACCAAUGUCAAUACAGAUUUCUGGUACCUUGUCUGAUUUCAAGGGAAGAAUCUAGGGUUCCCCAUUGGAAUUGGAAGGAAGGAUCGCAUACUACUGCUGCUUACUUCAUUAGCUUUCAUGCUUUUUUUAUGUUUUCCCUGCAUAAGGAGGAGAAGAACCAAGGUGUUCUUCAAUCCGAAUAUUUAUUUACCAAUAUAGUAUUAAAUAUUGUCAACGCCUGUUUUUUCCCCGGACAAUCUGUUGAUUUCGAUAUCUAAUUCUGAUUCCACCGUCCAUGCCCAAUUCUGAUUAUUACUCGAUCGAAUUAGCCGUUGACUCCGCGGAAAAUGUAACAGAUUGACUUCUUCAAUUCAGUUUAUUGCAAGUUCGUCUUUUCAUACUUGCCCACACAGCAUGUUUCUGCCAGCAAGCGGCAAAAAGGUUGCCGCAGAUUUUUAUUUUUAUUUUUCUUAUCAGAAAACCGUGUUUUGACCUUGUAUCCUACUCGUUCAUGUGCAGGUCGGCGACCUUGGCUUGUCAAAGGUCAAACGCCGGACAUUAAUCUCCGGCGGCGUUCGAGGAACUCUUCCAUGGAUGGCCCCGGAGCUUCUCAACGGCAGUAGCAGCCUGGUCUCCGAGAAGGUCGACGUGUUCUCUUUCGCCAUCGUGAUGUGGGAGCUCCUCACCGGGGAAGAACCCUACGCCGACAUGCACUACGGCGCCAUCAUAGGUGCCCGGAUCAUCAUCUGCCCAGAUUAACAACCCUAAUCUCUCUCCUCUUCGUGCUAAUUUCGUGUCCCCUCCCCCCCCCCCGCCCGUUGACCUCAGGUGGGAUUGUGAGCAACACUCUGCGGCCGAAGAUUCCCGAAUCAUGUGACCCAGAAUGGAAAUCCCUGAUGGAGCGGUGUUGGUCUCCCGAGCCGUCGGAAAGGCCGGGCUUCGCCGAGAUCUCCAAGCAGCUACGAGCCAUGGCGGCUGCCAUCCCUCCGAAGGGGCAGCUCCAAGCAUAG